AUGUACAUAGCUGUUCCAGCUGAAAUACUUGGAAUAAUUCUACCACUUCUACUAGGAGUAGCCUUUUUAGUGCUAGCUGAACGUAAAGUAAUGGCUUUUGUGCAACGUCGAAAGGGUCCUGAUGUAGUGGGAUCGUUUGGAUUGUUACAACCUCUAGCAGAUGGUUUGAAAUUGAUUCUAAAAGAACCUAUUUCACCAAGUAGUGCUAAUUUCUCCCUUUUUAGAAUGGCUCCAGUGGCUACAUUUAUGUUAAGUCUGGUCGCUCGGGCCGUUGUACCUUUUGAUUAUGGUAUGGUAUUGUCAGAUCCGAACAUAUGA